CAAGGCUAUAUCAAGAUGUCUGACAGUGAAAAGCAGGAGAGACCUCAAAGUGAGGAUGAGCCUGAUGCUAAAAGACCUAAGUUUGAUCGAGUUAAAAAGCCGAGCGAUAAUGCGAACGUUGAUGGCGCAUCUGCCGAGAAAGACACAAGCAGGCAAAAUGAAAAAGGAAAGUCUGAUUCUAUUUAUACCAAAACCGGAGGAGCCUACAUUCCACCUGCUAAGUUGAGAAUGAUGCAGGAAAAAAUAACCGAUAAAGAAUCAGAGUCUUAUCAAAGGCUAGCAUGGGAGGCUCUUAAGAAAUCAAUUAAUGGAUUAAUUAACAAAGUAAACACAUCAAAUCUUGGCCAAAUUGUCAGAGAAUUGUUUCAAGAAAAUAUAAUUAGAGGAAGAGGUCUUUUUGUAAAAUCAAUAAUCCAAGCACAAACUGCUUCUCCAACUUUUACAAAUGUCUAUGCUGCAUUAGUUUCAGUUGUUAAUACAAAAUUUCCUCAGAUAGGAGAGCUACUGCUGAAGCGUCUCUUGAUUCAAUUUAGAAAAGGUUUUCGAAGGAAUAAUAAAACCAUGUGCCUUUCAGGAUUGAAUUUUAUUGCUCAUCUUGUAAAUCAGCAGGUGGCGCACGAAAUCCUGGCCUUAGAAGUAUUAACUCUACUUCUUGAAACUCCAACAAAUGAUAGCGUUGAAGUAGCAGUGGGAUUUUUACGUGAAUGCGGUGCAAAACUCACCGAAGUGUCUCCUCGUGGAACUCAUGCAGUAUUUGAACGUCUUCGGUACGUUUUACAUGAAGGUCAAGUUGAGCAAAGAAUUCAAUAUAUGAUUGAGGUAAUGUUUGCCACUCGUAAGGAUGGUUUCAAAGACCAUCCUGCUAUACAAGAAGAUCUUGAUCAAGUUCAAGAAGAAGAUCAGUUCACACACAUGAUGACUCUAGAAAGUAAUAUAGAAGGAGAAGAGAUGUUGAAUGUUUUUAAAUUUGAUUCUGAGUAUACGAUAAAUGAAGAAAAAUAUAAGGCACUCAGUCGCGAAAUUUUGGAUGAGUCUUCAUCUGAUUCCGGAUCGGGAGAUGAAUCUGGAUCUGGAUCUGGAUCUGAGAAAUCAGAAGAAGAAAAAGAAGAAGCACAAAUUUUGGAUCAAACUGAAACUAACUUGGUGGAAUUACGAAAAACCAUUUACCUAACAAUUCAAAGUUCUCUUGACUUUGAAGAAUGCGCACAUAAGUUAUUAAAAAUGGAGUUAAAACCAGGUCAGGAAAAAGAAGUUGCCGGCAUGAUACUUGAUUGCUGCGCUCAGCAACGAACAUAUGAAAAGUUUUUUGGUUUGUUGGGGCAGCGUUUUUGUAUGUUGAAACAAGAGUAUGUGGGUCAUUUUCAAGAAUUGUUUAAAGAGCAAUACGGAACCAUUCACAGAUUGGAAAUAACAAAGUUGAGGAAUGUUGGCCGUUUUUUUUCUCAUUUGUUUUUUAGUGAUGCGAUAUCUUUCGAAAUUUUCUCAAUUAUAAGGCUAAAUGAAGAUGAUACAACAUCUUCAAGCAGAAUCUUCAUUAAAAUACUUUUUCAAGACCUUGCUGAGCAUAUGGGCUUGCCUAAGCUAUUAACCAGACUCCACGACGAAACUCUGUCAAACAGUUUUGAGGGAAUCUUCCCAAAAGAUAAUCCAAGAAAUACACGAUUCGCAAUCAAUUUUUUUACAUCUAUUGGUUUAGGAGGCCUUACUGACGAAUUAAGAGAGUUUUUGAAAAAAAUGCCCAAAAUGCAACCUCGAGUUUUAACACCUAUAUCUUCAGACUCGGAUUCUUCAUCAUCUGACUCAUCAUCAUCAUCAUCAUCAUCAUCGUCGUCGUCAUCGUCGUCAUCAUCAUCAUCGUCAUCAUCGUCAUCAUCGUCAUCAUCGUCAUCUGGCGCAAAACGUAAAACUAAGAAGAAUCGUAAAAGCUCGCUCCGGAAGGAAAACAUCAAAUCGCGUCAGAAAGAAGAUCGACCUGAGAAAUCUGCCUACCGUCAGAGAAGGGCAAUGGCUACUAAACAGUACAGCGACAGUGAAGAUGAGCAAGUUGACAAAAGGAGAUAUUCACAUGAUAAACGACAGAGAAAACCUAGUCGAGAUACUGACAGGCGUAGGCGAGACAGUGAUGAAGGAGGGGAACGUCAUAGAAGAAAUUACUCGGAUCAAGGUCAAUUAGUAGACAAAGAUCACAGCAAAUUAAAAUUUGAAAGUGAGGAUGAAUCAGACGAACCGAAAAACGAACUUCGAAGAGGACGGGUUGAACUUAAAAAAUACGACAGGCGAAAAGAUGAUUAUGACAGUGAUUCUGAUGAUAAUGGGAGAGAUAAGUACGAUGGCGGCAAAUAUGAUAAAGAGAGCAAAGGGUCUACUAAGAAACAAGUCGAUGAAGAACGAAAGAAUACUAGAAGGGAUAAGAGAUACGAGCUCGAUAGACAAUCUUUCAAAAAGAGAAACGAAAGUGAUGAUGAAAAUGAUCGAAGAAAUACCAAGUCAGAAAAACGAAAGUACGUGGAAAAAGACAAACAGCGAAGAAGACAUGUCGACUCCGACCAAUCUGACCGAGAAGAUAAUAACCGACGAGAAAGUAGGACUAAUAAUCAAAGAAGUGAUCGUCGUGAUAAAGAUGUUGAGAGAAAGAGAUAUGAUAGCGAUUCCAACGAUGAUCGAACAUUUGAUAGAAGUGAAAGGACAGAUCGCAAACACCACGAACAUUACAGCAGAGACAACAGGCGAAGAGAUAGCGAUACAGAUGAAGAUAGAAGAAAUCAGAGAAAUGAACGAACAGAUCGAAAACGAUAUGAGCAUUAUAGUAAAGAAAACAAGCGAAGAGAUAGUGAUACAGAUGAAGAUAGAAGAAAUCAAAGAAAUGAACGAACAGACCGAAAACGAAAUGAGCACUGCAGUAAAGAAAGCAAGCGAAGAGAUAGUGAUACAGAUGAAGAUGGAAAAUAUGAUAGAAAUGACCGAACAGAUCGCAGAGGAUAUGACAUCAGCAAUAGAGACAAUAAGCGACGUGAUAGUGAAGAAGCUCGAAGAGAAAAUAGAAGUGGGCAAACUGAUAGAAGACGUGAUCGGCAGUAUAAAGACAACGGACGAAGAAGAGAUGAUAGUGAUCGUGAAGAAGAAAGACGAGAGAGUCGAAGAUACGAGCAGAAAGAUACAAGAAAAAAUAGAAGGUAUGAUAGUGAUGAUAGUGAAGACAAAGAACCAGAAAGUAAAAAGUCGGAAAGUCGUAGACUUGAAAGACGAGAGAGGCGGAGAUAUGAUUCCGACGAUGACAGAGAUAGAAAAGGUGAAAGUUCUGAUAGAAGGAGUAAUUAUCAAGAGAAAGCUAGAAAAUACUCAUCUGAUGAGGAUAAACCGAGGAAAGAUAGUUAUAGUCGACGAAAUGAUAAACAUGAUAAAGAAAAUAGAAAAAGAAACGAUAGUGACAAUGAUUCAGAUCAGGAUAGAAGAAAUUAUCGCAGGAAAAGAUCCGAAGAAAGGAAAUAUGCAGACGAUCGCAAAAUAAGGAGCAGACGUUACGAUGAAGGGCUUAGACGUUGA